UUUUGAGUUGUCAUUUCAGCGACUGCGACGUGUGCGUGCAAAUUUGUUUAAAUCGUUGCCAGAAGAAAGAUUUUAAUAUUUAUUAAACCAUGGCUUCGCAUCCGGUGUUUAUAGACCUGUCACUCGAUGAACAGGUGCAAGAGCUACGCAAGUAUUUUAAGAAACUGGGCGCUGAAAUCUCCUCGGAGAAGUCCAACAAGGGCGUGGAAGAUGAUUUGCACAAGAUUAUCGGCGUCUGCGAGGUUUGCUUCAAAGACGGAGAACCAGCCCAGAUUGAUGGCAUACUUAAUAGUAUUGUGUCCAUUAUGAUAACGAUACCUCUGGAUCGUGGCGAGAAUAUUGUGCUGGCCUACUGCGAAAAGAUGACGAAGGCGCCGAACCAGCCCUUGGCUAAAGUUUGCCUACAGUCGCUUUGGCGUCUGUUCAACAAUCUGGAUACGGCAUCGCCACUUCGCUAUCACGUAUAUUAUCAUUUGGUGCAGGUAGCCAAGCAAUGCGACCAAGUGCUAGAGGUCUUCACUGGCGUCGAUCAGUUGAAAACUCAGUUUGCCAACUGUCCGCCAUCUAGUGAGCAGAUGCAGAAAUUGUACCGUCUUCUGCACGAUGUUACCAAGGAUACCAAUAUGGAGCUGUCUUCGAAGGUCAUGAUUGAGCUGCUGGGCACAUAUACGGCGGACAAUGCCUGUGUUGCUCGCGAGGAUGCCAUGAAGUGCAUUGUCACCGCCCUGGCCGAUCCCAACACAUUCCUUCUUGAUCCCCUGCUGUCGCUUAAGCCUGUGCGCUUCUUGGAGGGUGAUUUAAUACACGAUCUGCUGUCCAUAUUUGUUUCGGACAAACUGCCAUCAUACGUACAGUUCUAUGAGGAUCACAAGGAAUUUGUUAACUCGCAGGGCCUCAACCACGAACAGAACAUGAAGAAAAUGCGUCUGUUGACUUUUAUGCAGCUGGCUGAAAGUUAUCCAGAAAUGACGUUCGACACACUGACCAAGGAAUUGCAGAUCACUGAAGAUGAAGUCGAGCCAUUUGUCAUUGAGGUGCUGAAGACGAAAUUAGUGCGAGCACGCCUAGAUCAGGCCAAUCGUAAAGUGCACAUCUCCUCAACCAUGCAUCGAACCUUUGGAGCACCACAGUGGGAGCAGUUGCGCGAUUUGCUGCAGGCCUGGAAAGAGAACCUUAGCUCAGUACGCGAGGGAUUAACAAAUGUAUCGUCUGCACAAUUAGAUCUGGCCCGCACGCAAAAGUUGAUACAUUAGGUGAAAAGUAACUUAUAUAAAGUGACAUCAGGAUCAAAAAGAUACAUUUAUUAAAUCGUGGAUUGCGUAAAAACACAAGCUUGAAUAAAUUCCUAAGUAAAAACAAUAG